GUAACUGAGGUGGAGCACCCCUCCUUCCUCUCCCCUCCCCUCUCCCCUACCUCUUUGCACAGCUGGCUAUUGCUGUCCCAGAGGGUCUUGAUUAAAGAAGAGAGGCAGGGCUCCCAGCCCUGGGCAAAGUCCGGGCAGGGAGUCCUGGCCUCAUAACUCUGCUGAGGCAUUUGUCAUCUUGGAGUCCACACAAUAUGAGGAGCCAUCCUUCCCUGCUCUUAGUCUAUAUGGGAUUGGCCACCUGCCUGGACACCUUACCUCAUAGAGAGCAAAACCAAGAUCCUAGGGUCCAUACCCCAGCUUCUUCCCUCAGAUCCACAAGGCCAACCCCGGCUUCAGAAAUAGAGUUCCAGACUCCAGUCUUCUUACCCAACGUUCUUGACAUCUUCCUGGAUCCCCCAGAGGCCCAGAGGUUCUUAGUUGGCCGCAGGCGUUUUCCUCGUGCUAACCACUGGGACCUGGAGUUGCUGACCCCUGGGAACCUGGAACGGGAGUGUCUGGAGGAGAGGUGCUCCUGGGAAGAGGCCCGGGAGUACUUUGAGGACAACACACUGACGGAGCGCUUCUGGGAAAGCUAUACGUACAAUGGCAAGGGAGGGCGUGGACGGGUGGAUGUUGCAGGCCUGGCAGUGGGACUGACCUCUGGGACCCUGCUCAUUGUGUUGGCUGGCUUGGGAGCCUUUUGGUAUCUGCAGUAUCGCCGCCGCCGCCUCAGAGUCCAGGAGUCCUGUCUGCAAGAGACCGGGCUCAUCAUCCCCUUGAGUCCUCCGACGCCUCUGUCUCCGCCCUUGCCCCCAGGCCUUCCCACCUAUGAGCAGGCUUUAGCAGCCUCUGGGGUGCAUGACGCCCCACCACCCCCUUACUCCAGUCUGAGAAGGCCUCACUGAAGACCCGCUCGGAGCGCGGGCUCCCUGAACUGUGCCCCUGAUUCACAGCGGAUUCCGGAAGUCGCCGGCUUCUUCGACGACUCGGCUUCAAUGUGUCCGUGGGGGAGUCAGGGUCGUCGGACCCGAGGUCUACCAUGACACACGUGUUUCCGCCGGGCACGCAUACACGCACGUCCCUGAUAAUCCCGUUGCCGAGUCGUUGUCCCUGGCCCUCGCGUGACCCCCCACUUCUCCUGAGCAGUGGCCCUGCCUCAGAAUAGGCAGACCUUUUAGGAAACUCGGACCAGAAGUGACUUGCUGUCACCCAACUGAUGCCGCGUACACGCAGGGAACCAGGCCCUUGCACACGCCUGCCUGACUUAGUGUAUUUAGCACUCGGGCACAUGGGCGAUUUGUAAUCUAGCGUAAAGGUGGGGGGCUCAUUUGCAAUGUGCUGUAAGCGGGGUGUCACGCUUGUGUUGCACCUGGGUAAACGGAGUUGAUCUGAGCUGCCCUCUACUUAAAAACCCGUUGGGAAAUGAAGGGGGGUAGAAGAAAUCAAAAUUGAAAAAUAAGAAAAAAAAUAAAAAUACAAAAAGAA